AGACAGUGGAUCACUGACUGCUCAAAGUCACAUACUUCUUGCAGCUCUGCAGGAAUCUUGCCUCUUUGGAUCAUCAAGAUCACAAGUUCCCCCAACGGCAUAUCGGCCCGGCUUGUGAGUGGGCAAAGCCAAACAGCUCAUUAUGCACCACUGAGUUACAGAUGGGGUCUUGUCGAUGGAUACGUGAUGAGUUCAGCCAACAAACAUCGACUGCAAGAGCGGAAACCUUUACAGGACCUCCCACGGACGUUCGCGGAUGCUAUUGAAGUGGCUCACAGCUUGGGCUAUUCUUUCCUAUGGAUAGAUGCCAUAUGCAUAACACAAGACUCUAAAGCAGAGGUCCUGCAGCAGAUCGGUAUAAUGCACCAAAUCUUCAGGGGCUCUAAUGUCACUCUGUUUGCUGGAGCAGGAGAGGACGCUGGUCGGGGAUUU